AUCGCCGUUAGUGCCCCUUUGUCCCAUACACUUAGCCUGUUGACUGGAACAUGUUCAUCGAUGUAUGAAAGGGGCGGGUAGAACGAGGGAGGGACGCCAAUGCUAGAAAUCCAACAGUAGGGUGAGACUCGCUUGGAGUCGCUGAGGGCAGAGCUCCGAGUGAAUGAACCAAGUGCCAGGGAGGCAGAUGGGCAUGCAGCAGGCACUAUGAUCAGACUUGGAGGUACCAUGCUGGCCAGAGAGAAGAUGGUGGCAUUUUUGCGGGAGGAGUUUGACCCUGACAACUCUGGCUAUAUCAGUACGGAGAAGUUCCGCUCCCUCCUGAGAACCCAUGCGUCUGAGCUGGACCCGCACAAGCUUGAGGUGCUGCUGGCGUUGGCCGACAACAAUGCCGAUGGGAAGAUCUGCUACCAGGACUUUGUCAAUCUGAUGAGUAACAAGCGGUCAAACAGCUUCCGCCGAGCAAUUCUUCAGGGAAGUCGGAAACUGAAAGGUACCCCUCUGCUGGAGGAGCCUGGCCUUAAUGCUUCCCAGAGGCUCAUUCGUCAUGUGGCGUAUGAGACUCUGCCCAGAGAGAUCGACCGCAAGUGGUACUACGACAGCUACACCUGUUGGCCACCGCCGUGCUUCAUGAUCACCGUGACAAUUGUGGAGGUGGCAGUGUUUGUCUAUUAUGGCCUCGUCCUAGACAGAUGGGUGCUACAGGUGUCCCAUCCCCACUUCCUGAAGGGUCCGCUAAUCUACCAUCCCAAGUUACGGAUCCAGGCUUGGCGGUACGUCAGUUACAUCUUCAUGCACACAGGAAUAGAACAUCUCAGCCUUAAUGUGGCCCUCCAGCUUCUAGUUGGUGUUCCACUGGAGAUGGUGCACGGAGCCAUGCGGAUUGGCCUGCUUUAUAUAUUUGGGGUGCUUGCAG